GCUCACACUGCCCACUGGCAGCAACCUGUGCCAAUGAUUAUACAUCGCUUUUUUUAUGUAUAUAAGCCGCCAUUCCGGUUCACUCUCCCAUUUUCCAAGCGAUGGACUCCCAAUUCAGUGUCGAAAAGAACCCUAUUUUUUCCUCUGUCCUCUCAGAAGGCACCCUGACGCCCAUCACCUCUAAUGCCACUGGACGAUACGACCGCGAAUGCAUCACUAUCAACUUGAAACCCGCCUUGAUAAGUCCGGGAUCUAGCGAGCCUGAACCGAUAUAUCUCCCACCUCAUUGGACCUCUCACGUUCACCCUGAGGGACAGCUCUACUUCUGCAGGGAUGCUCCCUUCUUUGUGGUUACCGAGGCCUACUUGUUUCACAUCGAAAUUAUGGCCAAAGUGGCUUUGUGGACCAAGCGAAUAGAAGACCUCCUAGACGAAAAGAAAAUCAGAGUCUCACGCAGCACAGAGCUCUUUAUCAAGAUUGAGGAAGAUGACUGCGCCUAUUAUUUCGUUGACCACGCCACGAGAACAGAGUUUUGGUUGGAUAUCAUUGAAACCGAUGCCCUCGGGCUACCUGACAUGGCUUCGCCAUCUCAUCUCAGAACUUAUCUGGAGAGCUUAUACUGGUCCCAUGUUGAGCAUUUCCCCAUGCAUAUUGGAGGGCUCCCCAAGCAGACCUACGACGACCUCAUUGGUAUCUUCAGCCACGGGCUUGCUGACCAAAUGACCUCGGGAGUUUCCACUUUUUUUUAUUCACAACAAGAAUGCGCCACAUUUUUGAAAGUCCUCAAGUCUGGCAAAGAUCAAAAUGAAGACGGCUACCAAACUUGUGUUGCUGCGCGACUCUGGAGCAUCGUUUGCAACCAUAGAUUCUCGGUCUACUACGGCCAAGAAUUUUCCCGUCUAUCCCGGGAUCAGGCGGUCCUUUACCAUCCAGAGGAGAACGUCUUCCUCGAAUCCCUGAUGUCCUUCAUAUCUCUGGGGCAGUCAACAUCUUAUUCCAAGGGACUAGAUGAUAUAUUCGUAGAUCGCCUUGUUUAUGUGGACCAGUGGCGACCAUUCAUGUCCAAAUGCCUGUCAGAGUGGAAAGACGCCGUUCUCUUUACGUCAUCCACAUCUAUGCUUCACCUCCCGCUAGUUUUUGUCCCGGGUGUUCCGAUGUUGACGGCUGUUUCUAUCGCACUCUUCACCGCCAGCGUCAUAGCGUCAAUGCUUCUAAUUCACCGACACAGGAGGCUGGAAAAAGCAAGCGCCAACCAGGCUUUCCAAUAUCUCGUAUCAGUUUACUCUCUAAAAAACCAAUUUCAUCUUGUCGCAUUGAUGUAUUCGCUUCCAACUUUCCUACACCUUUGGGGUCUCGGAGCUCUGGUCGCAAACUGUAUUGUUAUUGUUUCCCGGCUUUUUGGUUUCAUUUCUGGUGUCGUUGUGUCUAUUAUCCUGGUUUUUGCCCUAGUCGCCUUCGAGAUAAUUACAACUGAAACAGAGCUUUCGUCCUGGAGGUCCGUCUUCCGUUUUCGAUCGCAGAACGAGUCUGGCGAUCAAGUGGUAUAAAUUAUGUAUACGUUGUCUUGUAUUACUGAACCUGUUCGUUUAGUCGUCGCUGGUUUUGUUUUAUCACGUUGUAGUUCGUGCGAACUUACCCUGGACAACAGACGAUCUCAAGCGUAUGCAAAACUCACAACGCUAAGGCCUGUGUUAUCAUCGAAGAAAAGGAAUCAGAAAUUUAACAACUCCGGCAUGGAUACUUCGACUGUAUCAUUUCUUUGAACCGCUACGACCUCCUUCCUCCCCUGUCGUCUCUGACUAUAUAAGGACUCAAGACGUUACAGCUGUCCACCCUAUUCCUUUGGACACCGCCCAACGGAAAAUUUGA